AUGAGACCCCGCAUCAAACCUCUCAACCGCCGCCCCAAAGUCACUUUCAUCAAGCGUGCAGCGCCACCACCACCACUACCAGACAUGGCCGCUGCUUCGGCUGGCGAGUUGCCGCAACGCCCGGCAGAAAGCGACGUGGACGAGGAGUUCGUCGACGACUCCGCCAGCGAUGACGUGCUGAGCACCGAGCCCAACGCCGCCGUGCCAGACCUCUUCACGGCGCCUCCCCCCAUCCGUGAUACGCUCGCGACAGCCACGUCGCAGGCCCAGGACGAGACGGUGCGGGAGUGCGUCCCGCUGCUGGCCGCGACGGACGCCGAAAUCGAAUACAACGCCCACGGUGUCCCCUCGCUGCUCCGCGACAACCACGUCAGAUUCCUCCAGAAGCAGCUGGGCCGGUUCCCUGCCCCGUAUGUGGCCGCCGAUGCCAGUCGCCCGUGGUUUCUGUAUUGGUCUCUCAACGCCCUGGCCCUGCUGGGUUACGACACGGCGUCGUACCGAGGGGACCUGAUUGAGACGGUGCGGACCAUGCAAAACCCCUCCGGCGGCAUGGGAGGCGGUCAUGGGCAAAACUCCCACCUCGCCACUACCUACGCCGUGGUCCUCGCCCUCGCCAUCAUCGGCGGUGAGGAUGCCUAUGAAGCCAUAGACAGGAAGUCCAUGUGGAGGUGGCUCUGCUCCCUCAAACAACCGAACGGUGGGAUACAGAUGACGCUGGGCGGAGAAGUAGACGUCAGGGGAGCGUACUGUGCAGCCGUUAUCGUAACCCUCCUGAACCUUCCUCUGGACCUCUCCGCCGACUCGCCGGCCUGGACGCCCGGCCGGCCCACGCUCUUCACUGGAUUGGCCGAGUAUGUACGCAGAUGCCAGACGUUCGAGGGCGGAAUAUCGGGAAAGCCGGAUGGUGAAGCGCAUGGAGCGUACGCUUUCUGCGCCCUGGGCUGCCUCUCGAUUCUUGACACUCCGCACCGCAGCAUCCCGAAAUACCUUGACGUGCCACGACUCAUCUCUUGGCUCUCGUCACGUCAGUAUGCUCCAGAGGGUGGCUUCAGCGGCCGCACGAACAAGCUCGUCGACGGCUGCUACAGCCACUGGGUCGGCGGGUGUUGGCCGUUGAUUGACGCUGUGCUGAAGGGUGCGAGAGAGCUCGAGGAUCAGCCGACCAGCGGUCGGUUUGCCCCGCAUCAGGGCAGUCUGUACAGUCGUGAAGGGUUGAUCCGGUACAUUCUGUGCUGCGGCCAGGACCGGUCGAAACGUGGCGGCCUCCGUGACAAGCCCAGCAGGCCGUCGGAUGCGUAUCACACUUGCUACGUCCUCUCGGGACUGAGCUCGGCCCAACACCAGUGGGAUCUCACAUAUGUCGGCGAAGACGAGACGAUCCUACCGGAGCCCAAGUGGGUGGUGUCGCCCUGUACUGAGGAGACACAGAUAUUUGACGAGGAGGACCGCGUCGGGACGACCCACCCCGUCUACACCAUCCCCCAGGAGAGCGUCGACGACAUGAAGGCGUAUUUCGCGUCCAAACAGGGAUUCUAA